UUAUCAGUCUCACAGUGCAAAGACGGAAAUAUGUUCAUCACAGCUGUUUUAUAUUUCGUUUGUUACUUUCGUGCAUUUGGUACUGUGAAUUCACUUUCAAUUCGAUCUGGUGAAACAUUAGAGCUAGCGAAUAGAGUGGAGAUAUUGGAGAACCUGAUCAUAAAUCAGCAGUUCAAUACCUUGUUUGAUGAACACCAGACUAAUGUCAGAGAGAAAACUAUUCCUCGAAUUGCAAAUCUUAUUCAUGAAAUGGAAAGUCGAAUACGUGCUCUGGAGAAUAAAGUUAAUGAACAGGAAUUAAUUAUCACCGAACUUAAAAAAUCGGAGGAAGACGAUGAAUUUCUAAGGAAAUCCCUUGCGGAUUUAGAACUUACAAUUAUAGAAUAUAGUCACCGUUUUCAAAAACUGGAAACAAAAGUUGGUAAUCAGAAAAAAGCUAUUGCUAACCAUAGGCGAAAUAUGUUUGAGGACGAUGAACAUGGAACAUCUAUGGACACUCAUUCGAACAAUUCGGAUAUUGUGAAUCAGGAACUCGAUACUUCUAGUCUUAAAAGUGCGAAAAACAGGACUUAUCACUUUACCAAAGGGACUGCUAACACAGGAAACAAUGAAUUUCGCAUCAGCACUCCUAACACAAGAAGGAAUGGAUUUCACACACAAAAACAUAUUCAAAAAAGACUGCUUGCUGCUGUUCCACAUACCACAAUUACACCAGUCACAAGCAAUACCAUAGCUUUCUAUGCCACCAUGUCAAGUACUAGUCCAUCAAUAUCCGUACAAUAUCCUCUGAGGUUUGAUGUUGUGAAAACCAAUCAAGGAAGUGCAUACCAUCCAACCACUGGGGUAUUUAUGGUACCCGAAUCUGGAGUAUAUGUUUUCACUUGGACGAUAAGAAUUGCUGCUGAUGACUAUCACUCCACGGAGUUAGUGGUGAACACAGAAUCCGUGGGCAUUGUUCAUCUAAACUCUCAACAAACAACCAGUGAAGUCACAGGAAUAGUAGUUGUCCAUGUCGAUAGUGGAGAUGACGUCUUUGUUAGAACUUACGGAAGCUACAACCAUGGCGUCAUCACGAGUGACCAUGCAGGACGAUCAUCCUUUGCUGGAUGGAAACUUGCAUAAACACCCUUUCCAAAUACCAAAUGUUAACGAUAUUUGUUAAGAUUAAACUCCAUCUAUUCAAGAAUUACGUACAUCUAAGUUCCAAAAUGAUUAAUUCAUUGACUGUAUUACUUAGUUUAUGAUAUUGUGUAUGUACAUUAAUGAAUGUUUUCUAAAAUCAGUAAAGAAUCAUUGUAACAAAUAAACUUGUUAUUCAUAUCGUAUUCAUGGGAAAUUUUAACAUGCAUCACAGAAAAGACAAUCAUUAGUGUUGAAUUUUGAAGCAGUGAUUAACAUUCAAUGGGCAUUCCGGGAAAAAAAUGAGAUUGAUUGUCCCAAGACAACUACAUCACCUUACUUGAUGGUCUAAACGGAAUGUGGCACAUCAAACUAUCCAGUUUAUUAUGAACAACCAAUAUACCAAUAAAAGAAAUACAUUUUA